ACCCUGAAGGAGCAUCUGGACGAGAGCAGACGCAUCUGAAGGGAUGAGCUCCGGCAUGGCUGGCGCCAACACGGAGCAACCCGCUGGCACAAGGCGGAACAGCACGAGCGAGGCCGGCCCCGCAGCGAGGCGUGCCUCCAGAGCGACAGACACCAACACCGAAGAGCGAGUUGCCGUCUGGGAUGCGGUGGCCGCCUACGUACAGGAGCACCUCCUGGUGCAGAAGGGGGUCUGGAUUCCCACCUUCGGCUCAUUUGACACCAUCUCUAAAGACAUCAGGACUGCGGACGGGACCGUGACUCUGCGGUGGCCCGUGUUUCAGCUGGCCAGGAACCUCAGAGCCAUGCACCACCUCGGGUCCGACAAGGACUCCCUGCCAGCCCAUAGGGAGGUGGAGACCCUGAAAUACAGCGAGGUGGCUGCCGCUGCCUCUGUGACCUGGCAGAGAGGGAAGACCUGCAUCCAAAGCACCGUGUCCCUCCUCUCCAACUGCCUCAAGAAUGGGGAGAACGUUGCCUUUGUCCUGAAAGACAUAGGAGUGCUCCUCUUUGAAGGCAUGAGCUUUGGAAUUAAAUACUAUUACGACUUCCUUGAGAAGCUCUCCGGGAAGGAGAAAUUCAGAAAAGUUGUUUUCAAGGCCCCCUGGCUGCUGGACACGCUGGUGUCCCGGGUGGCACCGGUGGCCUCCCUGACGCACUCUGGCCGCCUCGUCGUCUUCCCCAUGUUUCAGAAGCAGGUUGCACCCAAACCACCGCCCAGGAUAUUCCGCAAGGCCUCCGGAGAUCUCCAUGGUGAGGGGAAGCAAAAGAAAGAAGGGGCUUUGCCACCUCUUGUCCAGGGCAAGAAAGUGAGGUUUGCUGAAGUGCCAACGUACAUCAGACGCUUCAGCGUUGCAAGUACUGCUGGACAAAGCUCAAGAAGCAGAAGAAGCUUACAGCAGGAGAGCUUUUCGUCCAGUCCGCUGCCAGCGAUCCUGAGAACGUCUGAAGCCCGCGAGCAGCCGGUGACCUGGCAGCCGCAGGGCCAGGCAGGAAACGAACGCCAAGAACACCUGGGCCAAACAACGGGAAAAAAACAUGUCCGGUUCCGCGGAGAUGAACAAGGAGCGGGAGAGGACCGUGAGGCUGGAGCGGCGGCCAUGUGGAAAGCAAAGGCCUCGCACUCUCAGAUCUGGUUUGCUGCCACCCACACGCAACAGACCAGAGUCUCCCAGGAGUCUGCCUCCAAGGACCACAGCCCCACGCCGCAGGCCGCCAACACCCUACCCGUUUCUGCCACGUGA